GAAGGCGGAGAAGCUUUGCUACACAGCCAAGAUAAACUUUCGAUUUUGUUUUGACGUUGUACGCGCCAGUCACAGGAGCAAUCUCUUCGUGACUACGCGGAGGGUAUUCCCUUCUUUAUUCAUUACUUUAUUUGAUUUUAACACGUUCUUAUAAAUAAAGCAUUCGUGCUGACAGCAAGUGGAAGUGAGUGGGAAACUGUUGUCCGUUCCUGAUAUAAGGAUGACAAGAGCUCAUUUCAGAUCUCAGAGGGGAAACUGUUCUCAACUGACACCGUUUUGUUACUUGAUUUCUGCCAUCAGUGGACUCUAACCUCUUGGAAUCAAAUAAUAUGGCAUUUUGAUGUGAUUACAAUUAGUUUAACCUAGCAUUGCAUGCAUACUCUCUAGAGGGGAAAAACAUACUUUUUAACAGGAACUAACAAAGUGAUAUCCUUUUAUUAUUGUUCACUAUUGGAUAUUUCAACAAUGCCAACAUGGCCCGAGGAAGACCCUUGGUAUGGUGGACUUCUAACCAGACAGAAAAAGCAUGGCUCUCUAUCCCUAAAUGAUCACCAGUUGGGUCUGUAUUUCUUCAUGACACGUGGAUGGAUCUAGACAUUGUUCAGCUGCAGUCACCAUCCAUUUCCUAUUUAUAUAAGUGACAUUGUAGGCCUCAGAGAAUGAUAUGUCCAAGAAAGAGGAGGCCCAUCAAAGAUGAGGAAUUUUCCGCCAUCGUGGUGCCCUCCAUGAAGGGUUAUGGUUACUUGGAUUACACAGUUGAAAGUCAUCCAUCUAGAGCCAUGCAAAUCAUGGAUGAGUUCCGCCAUCAUGAGUUGCUCUGUGACCUGGUUUUACAUGUGAUGUACAAGGACAAGCUAGUGGAUUUUAAGGUGCAUAAACUGGUGCUGGCUGCCUGCAGUCCUUACUUCAAAGCCAUGUUCACCAGUAAUUUCAAGGAAUGCCACGCCUCAGAGGUCACCCUGAGAGACGUGUGUCCUCAGGUCAUCAGCCGCCUCAUUGACUUCGCCUACACCUCCCGCAUCACAGUGGGAGAGAAGUGUGUUCUUCACGUCCUCUUGGCUGCCAUGCGUUAUCAGAUGGAAGAGGUGGCCAGAGCGUGCUGUGAUUUCCUAACAAAGAACCUGGAGCCAUCCAAUGUCAUAGGCAUCUCGAGAUUCGCAGAGGAGAUCGGCUGCACUGAGUUGCACCUUCGUACCAGAGAUUAUAUCAACACUCACUUCAAUGAGGUAACAAAAGAAGAGGAGUUCUUCAGUUUGUCCCAUUGUCAGUUGCUGGAGCUGAUCAGUCAGGACAGCCUAAAGGUGCUAUGCGAGACCGAGGUCUACAAGGCCUGUAUCGACUGGGUCCGCUGGGAUGCGGAGAGCCGUGCCCAGUAUUUCCAUGCCCUUCUAAAUGCAGUCCACAUCUACGCACUGCCACCCACAUUCCUCAAACUGCAACUCCAAUCCUGCCCCAUUCUCAGCAAGGCCAACUCCUGCAAGGACUUCCUGUCCAAGAUCUUCCAGGACAUGGCUCUUAGAAAACACUUGCCGCCUGCUCCUCACCGUGGAACACAGCUUAUCUAUGUAGCAGGGGGUUACAGACAACACUCCCUGGACUCUUUGGAAGCCUUUGACCCGCAGAAGAAUGUCUGGAUUAAGUUGGCCGAUAUGGGAUCUCCCUGUAGCGGACUAGGGGCCUGUGUGUUGUUCGGGCUGCUUUAUACAGUAGGAGGCCGUAAUCUUUCUCUCCAGAAUAAUACAGAAUCUGGAUCUUUGUCCUGCUACAACCCCAUGACUAACCAGUGGACCCAGCUAGCUCUGCUCAACACGCCCAGAAACAGAGUGGGUGUCGGGGUCAUUGACGGGAGCAUUUAUGCCGUAGGGGGUUCACAUGCCUCUACACAUCACAACAGUGUUGAAAGGUAUGACCCAGAGACAAACCGCUGGACUUUUGUGGCACCUAUGUCAGUAGCGCGACUUGGGGCCGGUGUUGCCACAUGUGGAGGAAAUCUAUAUGUGGUUGGGGGCUUUGAUGGGGACAACCGAUGGAACACUGUGGAGCGCUAUCAGCCAGAAACUAAUGCCUGGCAGCAUGUGGCACCUAUGAACACUAUUCGGAGUGGUCUUGGGUUGGUGUGCCUGGAUACCUACCUCUAUGCAGUUGGUGGCUAUGAUGGUCAAACCCAACUUAAAACGAUGGAGAGAUAUAAUGUAGUUCGAGAUAUGUGGGAACCCAUGGCCUCUAUGAACCACUGCCGCAGUGCACAUGGAGUCACAGUCUUUCAGUGCAAGAUAUAUGUGUUAGGUGGAUUCAAUCAAGGGGGUUUCUUGUCCAGUGUGGAGUGCUACUGUCCGGACAGCAAUGUAUGGACGUUUGUAAAUGACAUGCCUGUUGGCCGCAGUGGAAUGAGUGUUGCUGUAACCAUGGAACCGUGCCCUGGAAUUCUGUCAGGAGAGGAUGAGGAGGACGAGGUGUAAUGUUGAAGUUUGAACUUUGAACAUGUGCCAUCAGAUGACAACUCAAAGUCGGCUUUGUGCUGUAUUUUCCUUGAACCUGUAUAUGAAUGUGAUGCCAAUGAGGACACUUCUCUUUUUAAUAUCAAGUUAAUUCAAGAUAAUUCAAGAUUAAUCUCUCUCCACUACAGAGUGUGCGUGAUUCAGAGAGAGAAGUCGCUAAUCACUGGACCAAUGAACUUCAGCUCACAUUAUCAGGUCUGAAUGAAUAUGCUGUGACUGAGACAUACUCUACACAAUCGGACUGUCUAAUGAGUUUGUUCUAUAUAGCUGUUCAUAAUAAUCCAAAUAAGCUCUUUUUAAUGUCCACACCAGAUAAAACACACUGAAAGUUUAUGAAGGUUUGGCUUGGGUUUUGAUUUUUCUUAAAAGUUCAUGUUUAUGACAGCUUUAGGAUCUCUGUUUUUUUUGCCAGUAACAUUUUCUAUGAAGCCUGUACAAAUAAUGCAUCAUAAAAUUAUAUUCUGCUUUGCAAUGCCAUAUAAAAGGCUUUAUAAUCAGUUGUAAGUUCUCCUAAAUCAUUGUAGCCACAGUUGUAAUAUAAAAAACUAUAGUAAUAUAAUAAUACUAUUUGCUAUUAUUCCUUUAAAGUGUAUAUCUGUAGCAUGUGUUAUUGUGCAUUAUAUUCUUUAAAGAUAUAAUCAAAUAGAGAAAAGUUUCAAAAUAAGUCCUCGUACAACAUUUAUAAUAGACUUUUUAAUGCAUCAAGAUACCUUUUUAAUGUAUUUAUACAUACAGGCUUCAUAGAAUGUUUAACAUGUUUGCUUAUAACCACUAGGUGGAGGAAUUCUACUUCUAAAUAUAUUGGGAGAACUUUUCAUACUGAAUUAAGAGGUACUUAGGAAAUUAACAUGAUUUUUGUGUUAGCUUCCUGUUUCAAAAUUGUAAUUUGUUUAUUUAAAUUUUAUAAAUUAGGAAUUAACAUUAGUUAUUUAAUCAUUCAAAACUAAUUUAGAUUGAUAAAUUCACAAAAAUAAUUACAUUUGUCCCUGGAUAGUCAUUUAUUACUGUUACAUGAUGUGACACAUGACAGCAUUCGUGAAGCAUAUUGCAUGUCUCAGCCCAUAGGGCAGCAGAGAAUCUCCCAUUGAAUACAGAUUGCAUGCUGUUUUUACCAGAACUAAUAAAGACACAAUUACACAUGUGAUGUCACAAUAUUAGUCAUCUGGCAUCAGAGGAUUAUUAUGGGCGGCUGUGGCUCAGGUGGUAGAGCGGGUUGUCCACUAAUCGCAGGGUUAGUGGUUCGGGCAAGACACUGAACCCCAAGUUGUUCCCAGUGUGUGUGUGAGACACAGUGUAAAGCGCUUUGUAGAACCGCUAAGGUUAAAAGGUGCUAUAUAAGUGCAGAUCAUUUAUUGCCAGAAACUGGCAGGGCCUCUCCAUGCCUCAUCCACAGGUUUAGUACAUUUCUAUUGGAUAGGUCUCAGGUAACUGACCGUCAUGGACUGAACACCUGAUGUAAGCUGCACAAGACACUUUUCUUCAAUGCUAUUUAAUUGUUAAACAUUGUUAUUGUUAUAGUUACUGUUGGUUCAAAUGUAUAGUGGUGUUCAAAAGUCUGGGUACAAGUGUUUCCUGCACCACUUUCAACUAAAUCUACAGUGCUGCAAAUGAAUCCACGGCAAAAUAAAUUAUUUUGUAAAUAAAAUUUUACCCAAGAGGGGCUGUGUAUUCUGUUGCUCUUGUGCACUCUCAUGAACUCGCACAGGAGAGCAAUGAACGGUGAGCAUAUUCACUAAAUAAUACAUUUGAUUUUGGAUUUUUCCUCACCUAACCUUAUCAUAUGCCUACAGAACAAAGCAUUAGUCGCAUACAAUAAUAUAUUAGACUUCUGAAUUGUACUUUUGCAUCCGUUAUGAUGCUUGACGAUGUGGUCACCAUAUACUGCUAUUGUAUGACAUCACAAUUUCUCCCAUUGUGUUAAUAAAAUGAAAGUCAUAUGAGGUUAUACACAGGGGUGAGUAAACAUGAAUGAAUUUUAAUCCCUUUAACUUUACUUUCAGAAAUGAACCAAGAGCUGAUUUGUGUACUGUAUGCUAAAGAUUUGUGAAACAUACUGUAUGUCAUUACUGACAGGCUGUAAAUAUGACAACGAAAAAAUAAAUAAAUAAAU